CUCGUGAUAGUUUUAAGUGUUUGCAUUACCAAACAUCAUCAAUACCGCUUAUAAACAUUGACAGAAAACAUUCUUCUUAGCUUCGUUAGAAACAUAGAUCCGUAUCUUCAUCGCCUUGGGCAUUGUUCCAAAGUCACUAGUUUUCACCUGGAGGAUUUCACGAUGCUGACUAUGGGACGUUUAAUAUCUUUACUCUAUGUUUUGAUUAACAUCUUUACUGUCGACGCACUAAGUUGUUUCAAGUGUUCCUCGAGGAAUCGUGAUAACCCUGGAUGUGAUGACACAUUCCAGAAUCCUGACGGAGCAAACAGUGCUUAUUUAGUAUCUGACUGUUGGGCACCACGAACUGGAAGAACUGGUCUUUUCCCUGCUACACAAUGUGUCAAAGUUGUAGUCGAUGAUGAAGAGAAUGGUAACCAUGUUACAGUGCGGGACUGUGUAGUGGAUAAUGGUGAUAUGAAGUCAGAGACAGAAAUUGGUCGUCUAAGUCACUGUAGUGCCAUGGGGACAAGACUAGAAUUUAAUGAUGUCAGAAGUAGUGGUUGUAUCGAGGUCUGUGGUACAGAUGCAUGCAAUACUGGACACACACCAGAUAUUCUGUACCAAGUUCUGAUUGGUCUAUUUGUGAUAACACAGCUGUCAAACAAUUACUUGUAAUCACCUUGGUGUACCUUAGGAGGCGGCUCUCCCAUUAGAGGGUCUUAGAAGAAUCAGCACAGUGUAACUGUUAAGAUGUUUAUGACAAUUUGAUACCGUCGACAAAACAUAAUAAUACUUUUACAUUGAAUUGCAAGAAUGUUUUGGAUGUACAAUAGGUUUGCAAGGCAUUAAAUUAAAUAAUGUUUUGGAUGUACAAUAGGUUUGCAAGGCAUUAAAUGAAAGAAUGUUU